AUGCAGCAUUCGCAGCUGGCCCCGCUCCCGAACGAUGUGCCGUUUCGCAUCGUGUCCAAGACCAUCGGCCAAGGUGCCUAUGCAUGUAUCAAAAAAGCCUGCCCAUUGGAUACAGAUAACCCCGUUUUCGCCGUCAAGUACAUCCACAAAGAUUACGCCGCGCGACAUGGGAAGAUUAGCGCAAGACAAUUACAACUUGAAGUCACGGUACACAGACACGUCUCGGGCCAUGGGAAUAUUAUCAGCUUCUAUCAGACGGGCGAGGACGAUGUGUGGCGUUGGAUCGCAAUGGAGUUGGCCGAAGGCGGGGAUCUUUUCGAUAAGAUCGAGGCUGACGAGGGUGUGGGCGAGGAUGUUGCCCAUGUCUAUUUCUCACAGCUUGUCAGUGCUGUGGGCUUUAUGCACUCCAAGGGCGUCGGUCAUCGUGAUAUCAAGCCCGAGAACAUGCUUUUGACCGGCGACGGGAGUCUCAAGAUCGCCGAUUUCGGUUUGGCGGCGCUGUUCGAGUACAAGGGAACGCGGAAACUCUCAACCACAUUCUGUGGCAGUCCCCCAUAUAUUGCACCCGAGGUAAUUAGCAGCAGUACUCGAGGUCAGAACAAAGGGGCUGGGUAUCAUCCGGACCUAGUUGACAUUUGGUCUUGUGGUAUCGUGCUUUUCGUCCUGUUGGCCGGGAACACGCCGUGGGAUAGCCCGACAGACGAUAGCUUCGAGUAUCACGAAUAUGUUGCGACAAAGGCGCGGACUACAGAUGAGCUCUGGCAGAAGUUACCAGCCGCUACAUUAUCACUAUUGCGUGGCAUGUUGACAGUGGACCCCCAAAAAGCGAUUCUCGCUAGAGGAUGUCCGAAGGCAUCCUUGGUACACCCGUGCAAACAAGUUCCUCUCCACUGA